AUGGCGAAGUCAAGUGCAAAGGAUGAAUACCUGAUGGGUGGCCAUAACAUGCCUUCUAUUCCAGUCGCCCUCUCACUUCUUACAACAUUUCUCUCAGGAAUUCUUAUGUUAGCCGUACCGGCGGAGAUGUUUCAGCGAGGCGCUCAAAUUUGGUUGAAUUUCGUUAUUGGAGCAGCGUCUUCUGUCAUCACUUGUUUAGUAUUUUUGCCAGUUUUUCACAAAAUGAAAUGCACUUGUCUGCAUGAAUAUUUUAUUCACAGGUAUAACUCUCCACUUAUUCGUCAACUAUUUUCAUUUAUGUUUCUUUUAUUCACGAUAAUCUACAUGUCGAUAGUGAUAUAUGCGCCAGCUGUAGCACUUUCUCCAGUUCUGCAGAUUCACAAAUGGUGGUUAGUGCUGAUUUUUGGUCUGUCGACGACUCUUUAUACGUGUAUUGGUGGAUUGAAAGCUGUGGUGUGGAGCGAUUCUCUUCAGGCAAGGCUUCGGCAUCCACGUGUUGGUGGGCUUGGAAGAGUGUGGAGUAUAGCAGUUGAGAGUGGACGAACCGCCGAAUUGUUCAGACAUGAUCCUAGAAUCGACCAGUACAACAGCAUUUGGAUAAACCUAUUCUCUGGAACUAUCACCUGGUUGGCUUCGUUCGGCGUUAAUCAGCUUGCGAUUCAAAGAUACGCGAGCUUACCUUCGCUUCACAAGGCACAGAACAUCAUCUACUGCACACUAAUUCCCUUCAUCAUUCUGUGCUCGAUUGUGGCUUUUGUAGGAUUCAUCACUCUUGCCUAUUUCUACAACUGCAAUCCAGUCGAGACUGGAGAAAUUGCAGACUCCGAUCACAUCACUAUCUUAUUUGCUAGAGAUAUCCUACAGCCAACUCCUGGAUUGUUUGGAUUGUACGUGUCUUGCAUUAUGUCAGCCACGCUAUCAACACUUUCGAGUGGAAUGAACAGCAUGGCAGCAGCAAUCUAUGAAGAUUUUCUAAAACAAAAACUCGAUGGCAAAAUAACAGAUCAUCAGGCUACAUUUCUCAAUAAAACGAUCGUUGUUCUUUGUGGCAUCACUUCCACAGCUCUUGCUUUCGCAGCCGAACCCUUAGGAGGCAUUUUGAGGGUCUGCGUCAGUGUAAUGGGUGCCUUGUCCGGGCCAAUGGUUGCCAUCUUUGUUUUGGCUAUGUUCUUUCCUCGAUCAGGUUUUUGGAGCUGUAUCAUUUCAUUUGUCGCAUCCAACAUAAUCAUGGUCAUCAUUUGCAUAGCGAACUAUAUUGAAGACCCUUAUAGAGAACUAUUUCUACCAACAAAUUCAAGUAGCGCAGGAUGUGGGCCGCAGAACCUUACAAUUCGACAGCUUCCUUUAUAUGAUGCCCACUACGGUGAUCCGAACACCAUGUUCAUAUCAAGGAUUUCCACUUAUGGUUACGCUGGAGUUGGCUUUGUAUUAAUGAUGGCGAUUGGAAUAGCUAUCAACAUUUUCAAACCCGAACAAGAACCCGAACGGAUACGACAUCUGACCUUUGCGGGAAGGAAGUGA